AUGCAGAGUAUGCCGCUGCAAAACUGUACAGGCGAGCAAGUCUGCUCCACCAAUUCGAUGCGGCCAGAGGACAUGACAAAAUCCCAGGGCCUCGGCUACGAUGGCAAUUUCUCAGAGUACAAUGGCCGGGUUCUUGUGUCGGUGAUAGAAUGGCUAGCACUAUCAAGGCAUAGCACGACGACCUCGGAUUAUGGCAAGGCUCGUGGCAAGUCACUGACAACAAACGACCCGGCCUCUGAGGAGCACCCCUUUCCCCGUGGUACCGAGUCGUCGUGA